AUGGUAGCCACCCAAGAAAGAAAAGUAACUUCUCUUUUUCCAACACGCAGUAAUGAAAUAUCCUUGUUUAACACUGUUUUGUACAUUUUUUUUGCUGGUUUCAAGUCAUCAAAGAGUCAGAAACUGACCAAGGCUCAGAAGGAGACGUGGCAGCAGGAGGAGGAGGAGAGGAGGCUGCGAGAGGAAGAGGAAGCACAGCUGCAAGCGGAGAAAGAAGAGCAGCAAAGAUUGGAAAGAGAGAUAAAGGAGAAGGAGCUAGAAGGGCUUGAGUUAAAGGACCUAGAGCGCAGAGAAGAUGAGCUGAACGAACUCCGCCAUCUACUGGAGAACAAUCAUGCUGCAGUGAUCAAAUGGAAAACUGAUGCUGUGGAGAAAGCAAAGUGGGAGCGAUACAUGCAUUGUGGCAGUAUCCCAGACCCAGCAGUACAGCAGGAAAUAAACACGUAUAUAAGCUUAUGGAGAGACGACCCAGAGGUCAACAUCACACCCGUGCUCAAGCAAUGUAACCUCGCUCUACAGCUGAUCGAGGAGCUGGAGGGUCUGCUCAGAGAUGUUACAGAUCCACAAGAGGGCCAGAAGUGCCAGGAGGCUCUCGUACAUUUGCUGGAGCUAACCCACUCUAAACACCUCCUCACAACCGAAGAGAUCCUCAAGAGGGCCAGUGCAAACAUCGACACUGAGACGGGCAACAUGCAGACGGUGGUCAAAGAUGACAACAUUACACUCUGUCUCUGGGCCAACCUCAAGAAGAAUCCAAGGUUUAAAGGGUUAAACUUCGAAGAUGCAGGCCUGGGCUUUAACCUUCCCAAACAGCUGGCUGUGAGCAAUGUCGCUGUACGGAUCCUCCACACGCGUUAUGACCACCUGUCCUUGCUCGCCAGGAUGGCUCACCUGAGAAUACGCACUCCCAGCCACAGGUCUCUUACAGGCGGUGAGGAGGUUCCAGCAGACAUAGAGGUACCUGAGCAGGUGGAGACAGAAGCUGAUGGGGAGGUGAAGGAAGACAAUGAGACCCUGCAGCAGAGCCUGGAUGAGGAGGUGCAGUCCAUCCAAGGGUUAGAUGGGAGGAAGAGUGCAGCCAGUCUACAGUCAGGGAGAAACAGUGAACAGCCUGUUGAAGGCCGAGGGAGCCAGAUACAGACACAGAUGGAGGCACUCAGCGCCGAGGGGGACUUGACUUCUCCUCCAGUGCAGCUGACAACAAUGGACCACGACGAGCAUGUCCAGGUGGUGGACCUAAUGCAGUACACACCUCUGGGUGGGGUCUUCUACUAUGACACGUUUCACCUCCCGCCACAAGCCCACCAGGUCAAUGGCUGGGAAAUUAGACAGCUGCUGUACAAAGGGCUUCAAGUGUUCCCCUACCCCACGGAGAAGUCUGACUUAGAUGAAAACGAAGCUCUCACAUGCCCUCCUGUUGGUGUGACUGUGACACUGCCCGACUCUGUCGUUUUCUUGGAAACUCCCCAAGUGGCUCACUGGGAUGCUGCAGUGAAGCAGUGGAGGAUGGAUGGUAUCACAGACGUCUCUUAUGAGGAGGCGGAGGCCAGAAUCUCCUUCAAUAUGGACUCCUUCCACGCCUUUGUGCUGAUGCAGGAUACUUAUGCCAACCUUCCCUUCCAGAGCUGGGAGCUCAGGCCACUGGGCCAAGACUCAGCUCUUUUCACCAUCAACGGGGCACUCAUCGACCUCAGCAUCACGAUCCAGGGUCAUCAGUGUAUGUUGCAGUCAGAGCAAGAGAAGGGUCUUUGUCACCUCAUAGGAAAGUGGAUGAGCGGGCCCGUCCUGCAGAGAGCCAUGCUCAACGCAGGGAUCAACAUCUUUGUGAACGAGUACACGGACAAAUACGUCAGCACCUGCGGCAAGGACCCACUUACAGAACAUGCUGCCUACGAACAGAUGGCUCUCUUCGCCUCUGCCUGCGCUUUCUCGUGGAGCAAGUGGAAUGCCAAAUGUGGAGAUGAGCAUCUAGUCAUGCAGGUGUGUGAGCACCACAGCCCUGACCCGGUACCUAAAGACUCCUGGAUUCUCUACCUGCUCGAUGCUCAAAGGAAUCGGAGGCUGGAAAUCACAGAGAAGAGUGAGGCUUUCUCUCCAGACCAUCAUCCAGGAAGUGAGUUUCACUCAACCUUCAUCCACAUGCUCCAGGACAACAUGAGCGACGAAGGCAAAGCCAGUACCAGAGCAUCCAGUUAUCAGUUUGUGGAUACAGUACAGAGCCUGCUCUGUGCCACCAGACCCCUGAUGUAUUCAUAACCCGUGUGAAAUUAA